AUGACCACCUGCACUACCAUCCACAAGUCCAACCACCACCACGCCACCAAGCCACCAGCAUUGCUGCUGUCGUGCAUCUUCAACGGAUGCAACCGACCUGCCGCGCUAUCCCAAGACUCCACCGUCAAAUGCGCGUUCCACUGGCAUCGCGCGCGCUGCCUAGCCAGUCCAACAUGUUUCAACCAAGUAUUUGCACGCCAUCGUUGUGUACGCCACGGAGGGCGGAAGCAAUGCUCCGUGGAUGGCUGCUACCUCAACGCUCGGCUGGGAACCGUGUGCUCUAAACAUGGGGCGUCGGCUGCUUUGCGGCAAUGUACCUAUACCGGAUGCACGACUCGAGCGAGCGCGCGCAAGAAGUGUAUUCGUCAUGGCGGCGGCCGGGCUUGCCGGGCUUCUGGCUGCACCGCCCAUGCACGCACCCGCGGCUACUGUCGGAAACACUCGCCCCGACUUGUGGACCAAGUAGCCGACCUGACAGACGACGACGCACACAGUGCCACGUCAGCAACGCUGGCCCUACACAAGGCCGAGGUGGACGAGAUGGCCAAUGUCUUGAUCAAGGAAGAAGUGCUGCUAAUCGACGAACCCAUUGACUUUGCCCAUCCAUUGGAUCCAAACGCCGUCGACGGGUGGUGGUGGAUUGAGCCUGACGUGGCGUCGGAGCUGCUCGAGCUCUUGACCGUCCAAGACGUUCACAAGGUCGAGUGGAAGUUGUAG